AAAAAAUUAUUUUAUAGCUGACAAGACGGUUUCAAAAUUUUAGUAGCGAUUCUCAAUCACACUGGAUUGUUUAGGGGAUUGGACAUUUCUUUUUGUUAAUUUUCAAACAGAGAAAAGUGAUGGCAUUGUCAGCUUUUAUAGCGACUAUCAUUCCUGUGUUCAUCGACCUCAAAUUUGGUGCCUGUCAGCCGAACACAUACAUAUCAACUGGCUUCGGCAAUAACCAGUAUGGGACAAAGACCGCCUACUUCUGGACAUAUCCUAAAAGCGAACAUGUCAAGAAUAAAUUAAUGAAAAUAACAAUGGACGGACGGACAUGUAACGCUGUACAUGUAAAUCUCGUGUCCAGACACGGAGCCCGGUAUACUAGUGUAGAAGACAUGCGCUCGUUUUCGGCACUUAAGCAAAAACUUAAACACAAUUUCACUAAUAAAACGUAUAACUUCAUUAAUAACUGGGUUAGCAGGUACCCUGAGGAAAAAGAAACACUGAUUUCUGCUCUAGGACAAAGAGAAAUGGCUUAUCUUGGAAAGCAUUUUGGAACGGAGCUUCAUGAUUUGUUGAACGGGACAGUAUCUACAGACGGAACUCCGAUUUCAGUGCAGUUCGCCGCAACACGGAAGACGCGGACACAAGAGAGCGCCAAAUAUUUCUUUAGGGGUUUGACCGACGUACUGUUAGGACAAAAUUUGCGUGAAACCUGCUAUAAGAGACAAGAUUCUUCUUAUACGAAAGGCAUGUUCCAGUUCGGACAUUCAGACACGAUAACUGACCUAGCAGCCGGUUUGGGUUUAUUCAAUGACUCGGACUCACUAAGGGCAGAUAACUACUACGCCAUGCAGAACAGGAAGUGCAGAGCGUCCAUUCUAGAUCCUUUCUCUACUCAUUUUGCUUUCAUUCUCUACAACUGUGGAGGCACCGGGAUAGACAAUUAUGCCCUUAAACUGUUCUUCAAUGGUAAACCCAUCUCUAUUCCGAAAUGCAACAGCGAAGCAUGCUGGUACAAAGAUGUCAGACUGGGUUACAAACAAUUUAUUGAUGGCUGUGACCUGGACAGCAUAUGUGCGGUUGAACACACGCCGGGUGUAAUAGGUUAAAAUGAAACCUGUUCAUUAAGAAUUUGUCUGUCUUAUUAAACCCAAUUUCCCCCACCUAGUUAAAGUGCUGUUAGAAAGGUAUAGACCAGUGUCCGAGAUAAUAAAGCCGAUUAUGGAGACAAGUCUCAGACUGCAGCCAUGUGAUUGGUCAAUUUCAAGGUUAAUCUCAAAAUCAACCAAUCAGAACCUAAGGUUUUGAGACUGGUCUUUUCACUUUUGACUCAAGCAUAACUUCUAAUACUGUGAUAAAUAGAAUGAAGAUAUAGUAAAUAUUGAAAAUAUUCAUUUUCGAAUCAAUAAAUUAUGUGUCCAAUAAGUUUGUUUUACGUGUGAGUACUGCUAAUAUUUGCGAAUUAAAAAAAUAAAUAUUGUUGUUCAGCUGUU